AUGAUAGCAACUUAUUCAAGCCUUGCAACAUUUCAAUCCAUGGGUAAAACAUAUGAAAAUCGAGAUAUUUGGCUUAGCAACAAAAAAAGAGCUUUUAUGGACUUCGGCAUUCAUGCUCGAGAAUGGAUUUCACCAGCAACUGGUAUUUACAUGAUUAAUGAAUUUUUGACAACAUAUGCAUCAGGCGCUGACGCUAAAACAAUUUUAAAUGCAUGGGAAUUACAUAUAGUUCCUGAUCUUAAUCCUGAUGGUUACGCUUAUUCACAUUCAAGAGAUCGGAAGUGGCGCAAAAAUCGAAAACCAACUGGUGACGAUUGUAUUGGUGUUGAUCUUAAUCGUAACUUUGGUUAUAAAUGGAAUACAGGUGGUAGUUCAGCUAAUCCAUGUUCUGAUCAAUUUCAUGGUAGUUCAGCAAUGAGUGAAAAUGAAACUAAAGCACUUCAAAGUUAUAUGACUGGCAAAAUAUGGACUACAUAUCUCACAUUUCAUUCGUAUGGACAAUAG